AUGACAACCAACAUAGAUAGUAUUAGCACAAGUCUAGAGGAUGAGAAUGCAAUGCAUCACUUGGCAGACAAGAUGAAGAAUGGAAAGGCAACUAUCAGGGAGAGAUACUCUCUAAAGUAUGGACAGAAAUCGAGAAUGUCGGCAGAGCAACUGUUCAACAUCGACUCUUCAUUCCUUCCCUCCUACUCUAACAGUCAGCUGCAAAUGACUGCUCAGUUGUCACAUACAAGAGAUGAUGAUGAUGAUGAUGAUGAUGAUGAUGAUGACGACGACGACGAUGAUGAUGACGACGACGACGACGAUGAAGAUGACCACCACCACCAACCAGAAUAUGUAGAUGACAUGCAAGACAGAGGUUCAUCUCAAGAAGAUGAUGACGAUGAUGACGAUGAUGAAUUACAAUUAGAAGGUAUCACUUCAACUACUUCUACUUCGACAACUUCAACUUCAACUACUACCCAAUCUAAACCAAGAACAGUUGAAUUAUCAUUAUCACCACCAUCUUCACCACCAGCAUUAUUAUCAUCAUCCUAUCGAUCAAGGGUAAAGUCGACAUUACCCAUUCAAAACGAAGAGUUGGAUGAUUUGCAACAACUUAUAAGCAGUCUAACCAAUCAGAAUCAAGCAAAUUCAAACAAGGAAAAAGAAGAAGAAUACCAAAAAGCAAAGGAAAUCUAUCGUCGAUCAGAUAAUCUAAAGAAUAUCAAUACAAAUACAAAUACCAAUACAAAGAUUGCUGAAACUAUAGUUACACCAUUACCACCAACCACAUCCAACUCUAAUAAUAAUAAUACAGUUGAAAGUCAAAGUGGAUCAAUAUCACCAUCAAGUAAAUUGGUAUUAUUAAAUUUGGAAGGUGAUGAAGAGGUUGAUGACGACAUUGAUGAGAAUAGAAACUAUAUGGAGGACCUAACAUCAUCGUCAUCAUCAAAACAUGCAGCAUCGUCUGGCACAUUGUCGGCCAAGGAAAAGGAAAGACAUUUGCUCGAGAUUGGACUAGAGUACAAGUAUCGAUUGUUGAUUGAACAGAAUCCAAAAGACUACCAUGCACUCAUUAAAUGGGGUAAUUUGAUCUUUAAAAAGGUCAAGGAGCACUUGGGAGGCAAGACUGUCGACGUGUGUCUGUUGGAUUGGAAUGAAGACGUUGUUCCCGUUCCUCAAAAUGCCCAACAACCCGUCGUACAAGGAACACCCUUUACAGAUGGAUUGCAAUCGUUUUUGCUCAAGGAACCACUCUUUGACGCUUGUUCAAAGUAUCAACAUGCCCUUCAAAUUUCAUCGGGUGGAUACACAAACACCACCAAUAUCUCCCUUACACAUAUUCUCACUUUUAAUAUAAAUCAACCUAGUACUGAUAAACCAACAACAUCCUCUACUUCAACAACAACAACAACCUCUACUUCAUCACCACCAUUAUCGGGUAAAUCUUCACAAUCUCAAUUAAAUACUAGUAAUCAAAAUCAAAGAGGUGCAACCAUUGUGACACCAAAAAAACAACAACCUGAACAAAAACAACAAACUACUACAAAUGGAAAUGUAAAUAAUUCUUCUUCUUCUUCUGCUGCUGCUGGAGGAACAUUAACUAAAAUGCUUAGAUCGGUAUCAUUACCACCUGCACCACCUCCUCCACCUUUGGAGGACCCAUCUUCGCCAUGGUCCGAUCCAUUGUUGUGGAUGCGUUGGGGAGACUGUCUCUUUUUACUUUGUACCUAUCUCGAACUGCCCAUGUACAAGGCUACGUGUGAAAAGUACCAUCGAGCAAUCCUCCUCCUGCAAAAGCAACAACCAACACAUUCGUUUUAUGGACGUGGUACAAGACUCAUUUCCAACGCUAAACUGCUCGCGAUAGCACUCCGUAAGUGGGGUAUUGCUCUGAGCAGAUACUCGCGUCACGACGCCGAGUCACUCCUAUCACAGCAACGUACUCUUAAAAGUAUGCCACCCAAAUUACAAGCAUACGUGCGUAUGAGUGGACUCACUGAAGAAGACAUUAUGAAAAACUUUGAGAUUGCCUGGAACUCUAUCUUCUUUUUGACCAAGGACACUAUCCCCAAUCAACCGAUUCCACCAAACUACUACCGUUCCAAUAAAAAGAACAAGGCAAUGGCGUCCAAGACAAACUAUGACGAUGAAGAAGACGAAGGGUCGAGUAGUAUGACAGGCGGAGAUGUGGUUGGUGCCAAGAAGCAGCAGUUGCUCAUCCCAUCGAUCCAUCGUACGUCGACACAGUCGACUUUGAUCGUCCCUCACACUGCCAACACACCCGCACCAAAGUUUGCGUCGUUGACACGUACACAAGCCAAGGAACUCAAAAACAUCCGGUCAUCGAGCCGUAGUGCAUUGUCCAUGUCGACGUCCCCCACCAGUGGCAUGCUCUCUGGUAGCGUGACUUCUUCAUCUUCGGGUGUUGCAUCUGGUUCUGGCAGCGGAGGAUCCUCGUCAGUGGUCGACAGCAAGUUGGCGUGGACAUUGACAUUACCAUCAACCAAACCAACUCGUCGUGCGAUUGUAUCAUAUAUACAGCCAUCUCCAGAAGACGACGAACCACCCCAAUCCAUCUCCAAGUACAUGCCACUGAUCAAGCGUACGGCCAUCAAACCCGAACCACUUCCUCGAUGCGAUGAAUCAAUCUUUUCAACAGGCAAUCCACUCCUCUUGUUCAAAGACAAGAUCAAACUAGGUACUGGUGCAUUUGGCAAUGUGUUUUAUGCAGUUCGCAAGUCUGACAACAAACCCAUCGCGAUUAAAGUACUCAUGGAGCGCACCAAGCGCGGUAGUCCCAUCAUCCCCGAACUCUACAUCCACUCGUACUGCAACCACCCCAACGUUGUCACCUAUCAAGAGGCCUUCCUCUGCAAGGGUCAUCUCUGGAUCAUCAUGGAGUACUGCGACGGAGGUACCGUGCGUGACCUCAUUCAAGACGAUUGGAAGAACCAGGGCAACACCAUGGCCGAGCCACUCGAGGAGCCGCUCAUUGCCUACAUUGCCAAGCAAAUCCUCGAGGGUCUGUCCUACCUCCGUUCCAAGGGUAUCAUCCAUCGUGACAUCAAGUCUAGAAACAUCCUCCUCACACGUCGUGGUCGUGUAAAGAUUGCCGAUUUUGGUUUGGCAACUACUUGCAGUCUUGGAAGAGGUCGUACACGUAUGUGUGGUACCAUGGGUAGAAUUGCUCCAGAAAUUAUCAAACGUCAACCAUAUGAUACUCAAGUCGAUAUUUUCAGUCUUGGAUGUUUGUUGGUUGAAUUGGCCGAAGGUAUUGUACCAUAUGGUAAAGAUACUUCCUUGAAAUCAAUGUUUUGUACUGCUACAGUUGGUUAUUCUAUUUCAAAUACUGCUAAAUUUACUACUGAAUUUUUAGACUUUGUUGAUUUAUGUUUACAAGUGGAUCCAUUUAUUAGACCAACUCCAGAAAUGUUAUUACAACAUUCAUUCUUGGAAUGCGCCGAUAGAGGUAGAAAUAUAUUAUCAUCAUCAUUGGCGCAACGGCGUCAUAGUGCAAGUAACUUGUUUAGUUACUCGUGCGGUACCGGGAGAGUAAACCCACAUAACCAAAAGGAUCACUCUCCCGUUGCCGCCCGUUUCAAGACUCUUGUCCGUCAGACCAGCUGCCACCAAGACCGUAGUCCUCAAUCCAGAGUUAUUGUUGAAAAAUUAGGGCAAUCGCUACUCCCAUACUCAUUCCAUCAACAUUCACCAUCAUUAUCGUCAUCAUCGAUAUUUUUAAAUUCAUCAUCAUCUUUUAAAAGAGAUUAUUUUUAUAUCUCUUUUUCCUUUUUAUUUUUCCAACUACCUCAUCAUCUCCUCAAUUUCACCAAACUUGUCGCCACUAGCUAUUUGCUCCUAGCACAAGGUUUCUUUGACGAUCGAGUACCAUAG